AUGUCUCAAUUGCUUGGUAAAAGGUGGAAUGAAAAAAGACAAACUCCAGUUAGCACAGCACUACCUUCUUGGCGAGAAUACAACGCCAAGAAAGGAGGAUGGUUGCGAGCCAGGACCAACACGAAGGGUUUUGACGAGGAAAACCAUCAACCGGAUACGACUGACUGCGAUCAAUUCGGACCUUUUGGCAAUAAACCAAAGGCGUCAUUCUUAUGCUGUCGUCCUUGGAGACAGCUCAGGGGUUACGGCGCUAAAUCACUGACCAGAAAGCUUGCGGUUCGAAACGAACUUCGGAAGCUUAACCGCUCCUGUCUAGGUUUGCACAGCCUGGUGGUAUCUCAGUCUUCGUGCUUCCUUCAGGUGGCAUGGAAGCUAAGCAUCGAAAGGUUGUUAGAGCAGAACGACCUGUCGUUCCUCGGGGCUGCGUAA